UUCCCGCGGCUUGGUUCAGCCAUUGGCGGGCGGUUUGAAUGACGGAAGUGACGAGAGCGUGGCGAUGGCCGCCCCGCAGGCGCCCAAACGGCUCUUGGGACGCUGAGCGUCGGGCACUGCGAGGGUCGCGGGGAGCUGCCUCCUGUGGACUUCGGACUUCGCGCUCCUGGGGCUCAGAUCCAUUUUAUUUAAAGUACACAGAAAUGAAAAGAAAGAUAGUGAAUGCUGGCAAGCUAAGAUUGAGUCCUAACGAGGAAGCCUGCAUUUUGAAGGAAGAUUAUGAAAGAAGACGAAAACUAAGAUUGCUACAGGUUCGAGAACAAGAAAGAGACAUUGCUUUGCAAAUAAGAGAAGACAUAAAACAGAGAAGAAAUCAACAAUUUACUCGUUUGGCAGACAAGCUAAGGGCAGAAUGGGAAAACUCACACACUCAGAAAAUACAAAAGUUGGAAAAACUGUACUUGGGAAGUUUAAGAAAUAUGGGAGAAGGACAUCGACAAGCCAAAGAAAAUGAACCUGAUUUGGAUGCUCUGGCACUGCGGGCAGCAGAAAGGAAAAGAAAAGCAGAAGUGAGACAUAAGGAAGCCCUGAAAGUACAAAAUCAAAAGGAAAUAUUAAUGAAACAGAAAACCUGGCAUAUACAAGCUCGAAAGGAAGCACUGCUUGUGGAAAAAGAGAGAUCUGCAAUAACAAGUCUGCCGCUGCCUCUUCCAGCUCCUUUUGAGAACAUUGAAGUGAAAAGAAUUUCUUCAGUGAAAACCAAUAGCUCUACUUACCAUCAUAUUUCUACUUUUGUGAACAGACAGAUGGACACAAAGCAGCCAGAUGCUCAUUUGGCUGCUGAAGAAGAAGCUAAACGAUUAGAAGAACUACAAAAACAGGCAGCACGGGAGAGAAUGGAGCAGUUUGAAAAGGCACAUGAACGGGGUUUCCAAGCAAUGAAAAAGAUCCAUUUGGCCCACAAUCAAGAGAAGCUAAUGAAAGAACUCAAACAGCUGCAACAAGAGGACCUGGCACGUAAAAGACAGACUGUAGCACAAAUGCCACCACAGCUAGUUGAACUUCCAUACAAACGAAGUGAAAUAAAAGAUGACUGGCAGAGAGAGCUGGAAUUUGCCUUUGAAGAUAUGUACAAUGCAGACAGAAAGGUGAAAGGAAAUCUGAUUUUGCACCUUGAACCAGAGCCUUUGCCCACUGUGACUGACCAGAUCCAAGAUGAAGACCUGGACCUUUCAAUGGAACAAGAAAAUAAAGACCCCUUGGCUAUGAACACUCAGCAUAUCACUUCAAAAAUUCUUUUUAAAAAAUUAUUAAAUAAGAUUCGAAGCCAAAAAUCUCUCUGGACUAUUAAAUCCAUGUCUGAAGAUGAAGGUGAAAUGACAACUGUUAGUGAGACUGGAAGUAAAGCAGCAGGAGCAGUUGGCAGCAAGGAAAGAACAUUAUCUUCUGAGCAACAAGUUGUUGAAAGUGAUACAUUGACAAUUGAGUCUGGACCACUUUCUAGUGAAGAUAAACCACUUUCAUGUCAAACAGACUUUGGAAAAGAACAAGAAGUAAAUGAGACUCCACCUGGCAUGACUGUCGCUCAGAGCUCAGUUCUACUUCAUCCUCAAGAAGAAGCAGUCAGAGUUAGAACAUCAGCAAGGCAGAAACAGAUAAUGGAAAUAGAAGAGCAAAAGCAAAAGCAGUUAGAAUUACUGGAACAAAUUGAACAACAGAAGUUAAGAUUAGAAACUGAUUGCUUCAGGGCUCAGCUGGAAGAAGAAAAAAGAAAAAAUAUUCAACAGACUAAGGUUGGCACUGCUCUGGCAUCAUGCACUGUUAUUUCUGAUGAAGAUGGACAUAGGCAGAUGAUUCGUAACUAUCAACAACAGCUUUUACAACAAAACAGGUUACACAAGCAAUCUGUUGAAACUGCCAGGAAACGAUUACUAGAGUAUCAAACUAUAUUAAAAGGAAGGUAUCCAUCCAUGUCAGCCACAUCUUUGAUAUCUGAUUCUGUUAUAUCAAUACUACCACAGAAAUCUGAAAAACGUACUGCUAUAUCAGAGCAUUGGAAUCAAAGUCAGAGACUCAAGUUAAGUCUUAACAUGCAACCCAUACAGAUCUGUAAAUUAGAACAAGAUCAUAUUCAGGUACCAGGACAAAAUCACUUUCCACAAAGACAGAUAAAAACAACAGAAAUAGUAAGAACUUCAGAUGUUUUAGCCAACAUAGAAUCACAGGAAUAUCUAAGGCAGUUCUCUAAGACUGAAACACAACAGAGAGACUAUAAAUUGGUCCCUAAAGAUUCUCAUAAGCUUUCAGGGGCUUUGUCAUAUGAUCAGCCACAGGUAUUACAGGGUGCUAGAGAAAUACCUGAAACACUUAGGGUACCAACUUUUCAAGCUUUAGAAUCUCAACAAAUAUUAUCAGAUGACAGUGAAAAUAUAUCCUCUAAGCACACUGAACCAUCUUCAUUCCUACCACUGGCAUCUGAACAUUCUUUUACUUUUCUCCCUGUUAAAGUUGAGUCUGGAAAAACUCAGGAACCCCUUUCAAUCAUAAACAAAAGUACAGUUUCCAUAGGCCAUUCUGCAAUCAGCCAGAUACAUGAUCAUCCUUUGACAUCCUCAGAGACUAUCGCAGCCCAGCAAGGUCAUUUGAAGGCCCUUCAAGAACAGUUAGAACUACAGAAGAGUAUUCUUCAGGCAAGACAGGAGCAGCUGCUUUUGUAUAAACAAAAAGAACUGGAAGAACACACUGGUCUCUCUGCACUCCACCCCGUGGUGACUGUAGAUUCACAUGCUUCACUGAGUUCUGCCAAAGCUGAACCUGGGAGAUUCCAGGAUUCUUCUCCAGCCAACAGAGCUUCUGUGCUCCCCUCGGGCAAGUCAGCCUACAGUUGAAACUGGUUUAAGA